CAUUUUUCGCCCAACCCAACUGCCGAAGCAAAGCUAAAAACGAGAAAUAAUAUGCAAAUGCUAUACGCAACUCUUGAAGAACAGCAGCUAUUCAAUUCAAAUUUUCUGGAGAAAAAUUGUUAGAUCAAUUCAUCUUUCUCUUUACGAUUUCUGUUUUACGGCAUUGUUUGUUGUUGUUGUUGUUGUUUUUGAAUUUUCAUUCAGGGAGAGCUUUGAAGAAUUGUUGUAGCUUCCCUUGCGCGACACUCUUGCUGCACUUUCUAGGGGUUCCCGAAGGCCGAAUAUUAAGAAUUUGAUCCUCCUCAUUUGCCAUCAAUUUUUUAUGGAUAUGAAGUAUUAUGCGGGAUCCUUCUGAUGCCCACGUGUCUGGUUCAUGGUUCUGUUGGAGAAAACUAGUUGAAACUAAGGCAACCUGCCUUAUAUAAGUUCAUUUAGGAAGGAAGCUAAAGUGAUCAUUUCUAUCUUCGGUGGCAUGGAAGCUGGUGCUUGAGUUUUGAAUCAUCCUGAUUGUGGGCCAUAUUUCUAGAGAUUCUGAGAAGCAGCAUCUUAAAAUGGGAUGGAGGGGAAUUUUAGUCUCGUUACUAUUUUCUAUCACUUUGGGUGAAUCAUCAAGCAAUUCUAGAAAAAUGUGGUCGCUGAAGAUAGUUUCAGAAUCAUCUCCAGUUUAUAGUUGGGCUGUAUACAGUGCUGGCUUUUUCGUAUUGGUGGCUGUUGUCCUGUCUAUGUAUCUAAUUGUUGAGCAUCUAGCUGCAUACAAGCAGCCUGAGACACCUGGUCGUUGUUCCAUUGCUUAGCUAAAUUGCCUUAGAGAAACUGAUACGACUGAAUUAUUUAUCAUCACAGGAGCAGAAGUUUUUGAUUGGACUGAUCUUGAUGGUUCCUGUUUAUGCAGUGGAAUCGUUCUUAUCUUUAAUGGACUCAAAUGCCGCAUUCAACUGUGAGAUCAUACGCGAUUGUUAUGAGGCUUUUGCAUUAUAUUGCUUCGAGAGGUAUCUGAUAGCCUGUUUAGGUGGAGAGAAAAACACCAUCGAAUUUAUGGAAAGUCAAAGUUUUGUAAGUUCCAGCUUGCCUCUGCUGGAUGAUGCCUAUGCAUAUGGAGUUGUUGAACAUCCUUUCCCAUUGAAUUGCUUUAUCAGGGAGUGGUAUCUUGGUUCUGACUUCUAUCAAGCAGUAAAAAUUGGGAUAGUGCAAUAUAUGAUACUUAAGAUGAUAUGUGCUUUGCUGGCUGUGAUUUUUCAUCUUUUGGGCAUCUACGGUGAAGGCAAAUUUGAGUGGGGAUAUGCCUAUCCGUACUUGGCAGUUGUUCUUAAUUUUAGCCAGACGUGGGCCUUAUAUUGCCUUGUGCAGUUUUAUUCAGUCACCAAGAUUAAAUUAGCACCGAUUAAGCCAUUGGCGAAGUUUCUGGUAUUCAAGUCAAUUGUAUUCUUGACGUGGUGGCAAGGUAUAGCUGUUGCCUUUCUUUUGUCAUUUGGAACAUUCAAAGGUUCUUUGGCGCAGCUGUUGAAGACACGGAUCCAGGAUUAUAUCAUCUGUAUUGAGAUGGGCAUUGCUGCUCUGGUGCAUCUUUAUGUUUUCCCAGCAAAGCCUUAUAAGCGUGGGGAAAGAUGUGUCAGGAAUGUAGCUGUGCUGUCAGAUUAUGCUGCUCUGGACACUGCUCCAGAUCCAGAGGAAGUUCGGGACUGUGAAAGAUCUACCCGUGCACGCAUUUCUCGGCCGGAAGAGAGAGAGAAGCGUCUAAAAUUUCACCAGAGUGUUCGUGAUUUAGUUGUCGGAAGUGGUGAAAUAAUAAUUGAUGAUAUGAGGUUCACAGUAUCUCAUGUUGCCGAACCAGUUGAAAGGGGAAUUGCUAGAAUAAAUAAGACUUUCCAUCAGAUAUCAGAAAACGUAAAACGGUAUGAAGAGAGGAGGAGGAACUCGAAGGAUGACAGUUAUGUCGUUCCGCUCAACUCAUGGACGAACGAGUUCUCAGAGGUACAUGAUGAUCUUGCGGAAGGGAGUAUGAGCGACAGUGGGAUGCAUAGCAAGAGAUCACAUCAUCAAUCCAAAGGGAUGUCAUCCCUACGGAGAUAGUAAAGCUUUAAUCUGACCAAUAGAAGAGUGUAGAUUUCAUCUUCUAACCAUAUUGUUCAUUCAGUAUCCAUUGUGGAGUUUCUCUACAUUGAGAUAAUAUGGUAAGCAACUUAUAUGAGGAGUGCACAUGAUCAUUACCUGUCAGGGUUGAAGUAGUGGAAAGAUUUGAAUUGCCGAUGAUUUUCAUAUGUGAAGUUUGGAGGAAAUUCAGAUAAUGAUAUGGUUGGAGUAAGAAAAUUUUCAGCUACCAAGUUCCGAUCGAUCUUCGAAAGAGUACCAACUAUUAACUGUUACUUGUGAAUGAAUUUUGCACUAGCCCUCCAAAUGUAUAUUCUUGUGGAAUUAUUUCAUGUUGGUAACUUCUCUACUUAGUUCUGCAUUUUGUUAAGUCCAAGUAUCUGCUUGUUCAUACAAAA